AUGAGCCACAGCCCGGAAAAAGAAACUGACAGGCUAAAAGCGCUGAAGAAACAGGCACACGAGAUAGCAAGCUCGAUAAGCCACAGCAGAAUGCUGAUGAAAAUACUGCCAAAAGACAAAAAUGCACUCUCCGAUCACAUAAGGGACAUAACGGACAAACACACCUCACAGGAGAGUGUGGUAAAUAAAAUACUGAAGGCAAUAAACAGAAACAAAGGAGACUGGAAGUACAUUUCAGAGCAGUCAGUUGGCGCAAAGGCAGAAAAUGACAGGAUAGUUGACCGAAGAAAGCUGUCGCUAAAAAAGAAGUACAUUGUAUACAGUAAAUAUAAAGAUCUCAAAGAAAUGCACAGAGAUGCACAGUGCUCCAUAUGCUUCCAAAAGUACAUUUCUCUGAAUGUCUGUGGUACGCUCAGAUGCAGACACACUUUUCACAAAAGAUGCAUUAACUCGCACAUUGCAAUGAUGGGCAGCUGUCCCAUCUGCAGACGAGAUGUCAUAAGCGGGCUAGUUAAUUGA